UUAUUUGUAAUAAAUAAACAAGUUGUUUAAUAGUGAAACCUAUCAGUUGUUAUGAUAGGUGACAAUGUCGUAUAUAAAAAUGGAUAAAUUGGACUUUUUACCUUUAAUAUUUAAAUGUUUUUAUAGAUAGGGCCUUUUGUUUUUUGUCAAUAAAUUCGCUAAUUUGGGUCGGAGGAGUCCAAUUUCUUCUGUAGACAUUUGUUUUGAUUCAAUACAUUAUAAUCAACAAUAAAAUCGAUUUUGAAUUUUUGGUUAGUUAGGGCCAUAAUACAACAAUUAGAAGGUAGAAUCAGUAGAAGAGUACGUUCUCAAUUUUACAUGCCUUGAAUUGUCACAAAAUAGAAAAUUAAAAAAUAUAAAACAAAACAUCAAAUGAAAAUUAUUGGAAAAUUUUUGUGAAAAAAAAAUAAAAUUUAAUAGUUUGAAUAAAAAAGAACGCAAAACCGUUGGAAAUCAAAAUACGGACAUACAAGUGUGGAAUACUGCUUGCGUGUGCCGUUCAAGUAAUAUUUCAUGGUAUUUUUCGUGGUUUUUCAUUUGAAUAUUUUGAAGUUUUUCUCUUUUUAGUUCUUCUAUAUUUGACAUAACAAGGCAGAAAAUUGAUAACUCUCCCUACUGAUUCUACCUUUUACUGGUUGUAUCAUGGUUAGGGCGUUUGCGUUUCAGUGAACCUUAAAUUCAAUAUUUACCUAAAAGUCUAUUAUAAAUACAUACAUAUGUACCUAUAAUGUUCAUCAAAAUAUAAACAGACAACUUGUGCAUCAAAAAUCACUGAAAUGAACAUUUACAAUGGUAUAUAAAUAAGCGACAUAGCAGUGCAUUUUAAAAAAGCCUAUUAUUACUACAAUAGAUAUUUAAUGUAUUAAACAUGUAUUUAAUACAUAUAACACAACUGCUGCUAACAACACUUGCUAUUACAGCUAAAGAACUGGAGGAAACAAAUACUACAUUUUUACCUUAUACCUUAAAAUCACAGAAAAAACAAGAUGCAGUAUUAGAGGAAUCGUUACAAAAUAUUGUAUUAAGCAGUAAAAACGCCUACAGCUCAAAGGAUAAACAAGCAUUGAAUAUAUACGAAGAAAAUAGUGGAAUAAUUAAACCGUUAGAGAAGAAUAAUUGGGAAAGAUUAACAACAUUUCUGUCUACAGGUCCAGCCGCCUCAAAUAAACAUGCAGAUAGUUAUUUAUGCAAAACCCAAAAUCUGCAACACUCAACAUCAUUAUUUGGAUCUUAUAAUUUUUUUGUAGCUCAAGCAAUAUUUUUAUUAAUACAUUUCGCAGUUUUAUCAUAUAUUUUAUUUGGCGGUGUGGCAUUAUUUAACCGUUUAUUGUCUUUGUCCCAGCCAAUUGGUUUGGUUGGAAAUGGUAAUUUCUACAAGUGACUUGUAACAAAUAAAAAACUAAUGUAUGUUUAAAUUGUACUAAUUAAGGAAAGACAUAUUGUUUUAAUAAAAUUUAAUAAAAAUACAUAUAUAUAUUUGUG